AUGCGGACCCUCUGCAGCGCCCGGAGUGGCCGUCUUGCAGCUGCUGGGCACUCGCCCCAGCAGCAGCAGCGGUUCGUGCGCGCCAGCGCACUCUCGGGCGACAAGCUCAAGCGUCCGGAGCUGAAGCGGCCAGAGCAGCCCAAGCGGCUGUUCGACGAUUCGGCAGAGGCGGCAGCGCCCACGGCCGCGCCCGCAGCAGCGGCGCCCGUGUCAGCGCCCCUCACAGCAGCAGCAGCCCCUGGCAAUGGGACCGUGACUAUUGAGUACCAGCGGCAGCGCGCCAAGGAGAUCCGCAAGUACUUUGAGGACGCCAAGCUGGAAGCCGCCACCACCAAGGCGCAGGUGUUUGGCUGGACGCCGAGCAACGAGAUUGGCAACGGGCGCUGGGUCAUGUUCGGCUUCUUUGUGGGCAUGAUGACGGAGUACGCUACGGGGGUGGACUUCAUCCACCAGCUGGAGCAGAUUGUCAGCUACACAGGCCUGUGGGACUUUGAGUGA